AUGAGUUACCAACUAUACAGAAACACCACUUUAGGACAUACACUUCAGGAGAGCUUGGAUGAACUUAUUCAGGUUGGACAAAUAACUCCACAACUAGCUUUGAAAGUUUUAUUACAGUUUGAUAAAUCCAUCAACCAGGCUUUGUCAAAUAGAGUCAACAAAAAAAUUACUUUCAAAGCUGAUCUAAAUACGUACAGGUUUUGUGAUAAUGUGUGGACCUUUGUGCUGAAUAAUGCAGAGUUUCGAGAUGGGAACGACAACAUCAGAGUUGACAAAGUUAAAAUAGUGGCUUGUGAUGGCAAAAGUAACAUUUUUAUUUUAUGA